CGCGAAGUUUCAAUGCAACGACAAGCCAGACACGCCCUUGUCGUUUUGAGCGCCUGAUUGCCUGCUGCGGCUGGCCAAGACCCAUUUUCACACAUCCAGAGCCUUCGAAAAGCGCGACCGAUGCUCAAGUGCGGUUCGGCAGCGCAUCCCUUGCGCCGGGGAGCAGCUCUGCAGAGCUUGGCUGCGGCGGCCCGGCCGAGAGCAGCUGCGGCACUGCGACACUACGCAACGGACAUUGAGCCAGAGAGGCCGAAGCCUCCCAGGGAGGGAAAUGAGAAGAAGCUGGGGAGGACGUUCCAGGGGCAGGUGAUGGGCAGCAUUGGCGCGCGACUGCGGAGAGAGAGGGAGCAGCGAGAGCAGUAUGAGAAGUGGAGAGACAUGACGGAUCCUUCGAGGAACUGGAUGAUUACCUUUCUUUUCCUGUCGAGCAUUGGCAUUUCCUACUGGCUGGGGACAUACCGGCCACGAGAGCCCGAGCCGGACUCGACGCUGCCGCUAUCGAAGACGAGGCCGCCGACACAUAACGUCAAGCUGGAGAACAUGCAAGCAGCAUGGGCAGACUUUGUCAAGAUUGUCGGCAGAGAUAAUGUGAGCACCGAUGAGAUGCAAGUGAGCGCGCACAUCACGUCCGAGUGGUCGACGCAUCCCGCCGGUCCGGAGGACCGUCCAUUCUGUGUGGUGUAUCCCGGCUCGACGGAGGAGGUCUCGGAAAUCAUGAAGAUUUGCCACCAGAGAAAGAUUCCUGUCACUGCCUACAGCGGAGGAACUAGUCUCGAGGGACAUUUUACGCCAACGAAGAAGGGCAUUUCUAUCGACUUUGGCCGGAUGAACAAGGUUCUCUCUUUGCAUGAGGAGGAUCUCGACGUCGUUGUCCAGCCUGCCGUUGGCUGGGAGGAGCUGAAUAACGAACUUGCAGAGAAGGGCCUGUUCUUCCCUCCUGACCCCGGCCCGGGCGCCAUGAUUGGAGGCAUGGUCGGAACCGGAUGCAGCGGCACGAAUGCUUACCGAUAUGGAACCAUGCGGGAGUGGGUUCUCAGCUUGACCGUUGUCAUGGCGGAUGGCACAAUCAUCAAGACUAGGCAGCGCCCUCGCAAGAGCUCUGCUGGUUAUGACUUGACGAAGCUAUUCAUCGGAUCUGAAGGCACUCUUGGUCUCGUCACAGAGGCUACGCUCAAGCUGACGGUCAAGCCCGAAUCUACGAGCGUUGCUGUCUGCUCAUUCCCUACUAUUCACCACGCAGCCACUUGUGUGAGCGAGGUCGUUGGGAAGGGCAUCCCCGUUGCGGCAGUGGAGAUCUUGGAUGACAACCAGAUGAAGUGCAUCAACAUAUCCAAGACCACCUCACGCACGUGGCACGAAGCUCCCACGCUCUUCUUCAAAUUUACCGGCACACCUAACGGCAUCAAGGAGCAGAUCGCCCAGGUCAAGGCUCUUGCCUCGCAGACCGGAAGCAAGACAUUUGAGUUUGCUAGAAAUGACAUUGAGCAAGAAGAGCUGUGGAGCGCGAGAAAGGAGGCGCUUUGGAGCACCAUGUCUGUCAAGAAAGAGGGCGACAGAGUGUGGACUGGGGACGUGGCCGUUCCGAUGAGCAAGCUGCCGCAGGUGAUUGAGGAAACGAAGGAGGACAUUCAAAAGAGCGGCCUGUUUGCAACGAUUGUUGGGCAUGUUGGAGAUGGAAACUUUCACACCAUUCUUUUAUACAACGAGGCUCAGCGAAAGAAAGCAGAGGCAGUUGUUUCGCGGAUGGUCAAGAGAGCGAUUGCGCUUGAGGGCACCGUUUCGGGAGAACAUGGCGUUGGCCUAGUUAAGAGGGACUACCUCCCGCAUGAACUUGGUGAGACGACGGUGGAUGCGAUGCGCCAGAUUAAAAAGGCCUUUGAUCCUUUGUGCUUGUUGAAUUGCGACAAGGUUGUUCGCAUGCAGAAGCCGAAGAGUGGCGAGGCUUAAGCUGAGGUGGAAGACGGGUGGAUGUUGAACUGCCUACAUGCUCGACAAAAUGCACGAGCUUGGUAAGUCUGAUGAAGAUGGGCAUGCGAAUUAAUACUGUACUAUAUACUAUAUAUGAGUGUAAGAAAAAGAAUACACGCCAAG